AUGAUUUAUAGAGGUUUUAUUAAGGUAAAUCAGAAUUAGUUAGAACUCCUACUUAAUCAUAGAUAGUUGGGUGAAGUUUUGUAAUUUUGCAACUAAAACAAUAUAAAGUGGUACCUCAAGAAAAUAAUACAAGUUUUAUAGUAGGAGCAACUCCAGUAUAGAAUGAAUUGAUUGUAAGUCUAAGAAAGAUUGAAACAUCUUAGAAUUAAAACAUCCAUAGUUACAGCAGGAUCAUAUUAUAAUCUCUGAUUGAUUAACCGCUAUUAUAUAGAUAGAUAAGAUAGCAGUUAAUUAAUUUAGAUUAAAUGCUUGUGAAAGAGGUUCUUUUUAUUUAGGUCGAAAUAUUGGUUAAAAAUGCAGGAGGAUUGAAUGUAGUUAAGUAUGGACUUAUAAGAAAUUACAUUCUCAGUUUAGAAGUUGUAUUGCCAAAUGGAAAGAUCUUAAAUUUAUUGAAAAUAAAAACAGAAAAGAUAACACUAGAACUGAUUAAUAUAAUUUUUUAUUUGAUCUGA